GUCUUUGUCUAAGACAUCAAAAAUAAUAGAGGCUAAUUUUUUAUAAUUUUGACUAUAAAUGUUGCUUUGUGAAUUCCGCGUAAUUGGCCAUGAGUGAAUGUGAAAUUUUAAGCGGGAGGAGGAGUUUUAGGCCACACUUUUACGCGCAAAAUGUGCGAUCCAUGUCGGUGUUUAAGGAGAUGCAUCAGCUGCCAUGGCGGAUGCUGUCCCAGACCUAGUUGCUGUGCGCCCUGUUCUGUUGAUACGCGGAAUUGUCGGGUGGUGUUUCCCGGGGAGUAUCAAAAGUUCUCGGACAUGGUGCCACCAAGUUUUCUUCAGAAACAGCCAAAGCCGCAGAAAAGAAAAAAACGUUCGAAGAGUUGUACUCCAUGUGUAGAGAGAUGUAAAGAUCCGUGUGCGGAUACUUUUCGGGAAACGAAUGAUAAUCCAAACCAAGAUUGUGAAAAAGAAAGGGCUGGAAUUGAACAGCAAAAUCCUGCAGAAUUCGGGCAAGAUGAUGGUACAGGGUAUGGAUUUCCUGGGGCAGGAUCUCAGCAAGCUCCAGGAGCUGGAUUUGGUUUUAGGCCGGGACAACCUACUAUUAUACCGUGCUAUGGCACCUACGGUCCGGCAGGAAAUGCCAUGAUAUUUGGGAUUCCGCCACCCACUCCAUAUGGAAACUUUGGAGUUCCUGGUCCCAUGGUUUUACCAGUGGCAGAGGGACAUCUAAGAGGUCCACCGGCGGCAGGUCUACCCACGAAAUAUUCAUCAAAGUUUAAUCCGUGCACGGGGGAAAUUUACCAAUGCGAAAAUCAACAAAUGUCAGCUGGGAGACCAACAGACAUGGGGCAAGGACCCUCCUAUACCCAGUUCUGUGAGGGCAUCGGCAUGAAUUUAGGACCAAACAAUCCGUGUAAUCCAUUCAAUGAGACACAUUUAACAAUAGAUCAAAGGCCAGCCAUACAAAACAAUAUUUUGGUGGGACCUCCUGCUGCUUACAGCCACCAAAGCCAAGCCGUGAUCUUUGGACCCAACAGUCAGAACUAUAACUGUAAUGCCGGGCAGAGAACCCUAGAUUCCACCCAAGUUCCCCAGUCUCAGCCAUCAACGGGACAGGUACGACAAGGUGGUACCAGGUCAAGGUCCGUAGGUCAACCAUCCGAAUUUAGAGCACUCCAAGCUUUUGAUCCGCAGGGAAUUCACUUUGGACCUAACAAUCUGAAUAAUCCUCGUAGUCAGGGGAAGACAACAUUCGAUUCGAGAUCAAAUGUGCAAGCUAAGUCGCCUGUGGUUCAUGAUGUUAGUAGGUCCAAGUCGCAAAGACAACGAAGCGAGUCGAGGGGUUGCACUUCCGGUAAGCCAUCCGAAUUUAGGGGAGCAAAAGCUGCCUAUAAUGGCGCAGGAAGAAAUGUAGAUCCUAGAUCCGUUCCCAGAUCUAUGCCAAGUGGUGACGUUAGGACGCACGACUCACGAAGAAGGAAUAAAUCGAUGGGAGCUCCUUUGAAUAGACAGCCCGGCUCGAACAUUGUUUAUACCCAAAAUAGUGUGGGCAUGGGUAUCGACCCCUCUAAUCAGUAUUACCCUUACAACGACUGCGCUCCAUUAAACGCCACUUUUGUCCACCAGCGAAAUUUAUCCAACGAACAGCCAUGCCAAGAUAAUAAUGUAUCAACAAGAAACAUAUCGAAAGAAGGGCCGGAGAAACGUAAAAAUUCGUCGAAGUGUCAGUCGAGUAAGAAAGGAUCGGAUGGGCAACCCAUUAAAUGCUACUGCACGAGGUUCGAUCCACACAAUCAGUAUUAUCCUUACUACAUCUCCGAAGAAUCUGACUGUCCACCUCCAGCGAACAAAAGGCCAGCCAAAGAGCAGUCCCAGAGGAAGGACUGCUCUGAGCUUCUCAGCCGCGUCCCCGAGUCCUGUCCUCCGUGUGAUCUUCAGAAGUGGUGUCAUCUCCUGAUGCCGAAGGCCAAGCGCAAGGAUCAGGUGAAACCGGCUGUAAAAAAGAAGAAAAAACCGAAUGGGGCGUCGAAGACGAAGGUGAAGGCCAAGAUGAGUAAGCAGGACUCGAAAGAGAUGAUCGGCGGUGUGUCCUAUGCUCAAACGCCAAACCACGCCGAGGAACCCCCAAGCUCUGCAGCAGAUGAAUCACAAGGAUCUGAGGAAGCCAACUGCCCGGGCGGUUGCAAGAAUCCUUGUCCCACGGCACCACCGCCUCCAGCGAAACCGGAAAUGCGGAACUGCGGCUGCUCUGCCAACUUGCCUGAAGAAAACGAAUCCCAGCCAGCUCCUUGUGGACCUUAUCCCGCAACCACCGGCUGCACCGCCUGCUGUAACCCGUGCCCUUGGUCCUGGUGCUUCAACCCCUGCAACGGCUGCUAUUACUACUGCGCGAACUGCUGCAAUGGCUGUUGUAAUUGCUGCAAUUACUGCUGCAGUCCGUGUGGUCGUUGUGGCGGCAACUCCCCUUCUCAGCUGGAGAAGAUCCCUCCGAAACCGAAGCAAAAGCCGGCCAAAAUGGCGAGCAGCAGGCGUAAUUCCGCGGGAGGGAUUGUCAAUUUCGACAGUUUAUUGAACAAUUCUGGCUGCUGCGGCCUGUCCCCUCCACCUGGUGUCCCAAUGCAGUCGGUUUCCACGCUGCCAGGAUAUCGUCCAACUGCUCCGCCCUAUUUUUGCUCCCCCUACAGCGGACGGUGGGUGGCGGGCGGGGUGGACAUUAAUCGGGCCAAUCAGCAGAAUUACCAAAGUCCUUCAAACAUCACCUGCAUGCGCCACGGAUAAAUACCAUCAUGUCUAAAUUCCACGUUGAAUAUUAUUUUGUACACUUUAAUAAUAAUACAAAAGAAGUCGAGUGACUCGACUAUGCAAAGUUCA